AUGGAUGAUAAAGUCAGUACCCCAGCGGCAGCGCAUACUGAACAUACUCGAGUAUCAACAAGCGAGCUCCUAAAUUCGUGCGAGAUAACGCCGCCGGAGAGAAGGCGUCAGAUGAAAAUAAAGGGAGAGCAAAUCGCAAACGAGUUAAAAGAAGUGGCAUUAGGACAUGGAGAAGACGUAUUUUCAAUGUUGGGAAACAUUGCUUCAGAAGAUACAAAGUCCGAUGUCUCCAGCAUACUUCUCGGUGCCAACAACGUGGUGUUUGCUCAACUUGGUGCAAAAGAGACGAUGGAAGUUGUUCUUUCGGAAGAUAGCAAGUCAGCACUGUUUUCAUCUAUACGUGUGCCAGACUGGGUUUAUCUGCUGGCUAAAGUGCGGAUGCGCAUUUCAGAUGCAGCAUGGCAGACACUUCUAAACCUCACACAAAUCGGGAGAACAGGG